AUGGAUAUGAACCACUUAAUAGGUCAGCGUUUCAAUCUGAUCUCUAAGAGUGACAUUCGCUAUGUUGGCACACUCCAUGAAAUUAACCCAGAGGCAUCCACAAUCGCCUUGGAAAAUGUCAUGUCCCAUGGUACUGAGGGCCGCCGAGGGGAUGGGACUGACCUCCCACCGUCCACCAACGUUUACGAGUACAUUGUCUUCCGAGGUAGCGACGUGAAGGACAUUAGUAUCGCGGAAGAGGAGAAGGAAACCGCACAGCCUGAGCCUCCUCGUGUCCCUGAUGACCCCGCAAUUCUAGGAAAUAUGUCGCGACCGGGUCCCAUCCCAGGUCCGGAGUCUGGACCUGCCCCUGGCUUACCUCAAGGAACCCCCCAACAGCCACAGGGUGCUCGACCAACACCCCAGUACCCCCCGUACCCGGCUGGACCGUACCCUCAGGGCCCUUAUGGACAACACUUUGAUCCUCGGUUCCCUCCCGGUCCUAAUGGUCUUCCUGCUCCUGGUUUCCCACCUUACGGUGCUCCUCCAGGAUGGUAUCCUCCUCCCGGUGGAUUCCCUCAGGGACCUGGCCAGUUCCCUCCCAAUAUGCCCAUGGGUCCUCCUGGUCAGCAGAUGCCACCUCAGCAGCGUCCCGGUCCCCCGGGAAUGCCGCCUCCUCAGGCCACCUCAGAACUCCCUGUUGGUGACAAGGUCACUAGCAAACCUGCCACUCCUGCUGCUGCCCAGGCUCCUACCCCUCCAGUGGAAUCUAAGCCUUCUGUGGCUGAAGCUGUUCACGGUUUGACUGGCCCUCCUGCGGUGCCAGUCGGCGCCCAGAAGAACGGUCGGGUCGUGCCGGCCAUUCCCAUGGCUGCUCCCAAGCCUGUUGCCCCUGUAGGUCCUCAAGGAAAUACCUCUGUCACAGACGCUACUGCCGCGGCCACUGCCGCCGUAGCUGCCGCGAUGGCCAAGCUGCCUCAGCCAGGCAUGCAAAAGAAGCUUGGACAGCCUGAUGGCGCUAUCGACGGCAUUACCCGCAAGAUGAAUGACAUGCGGCCUUAUGAUGGUACUCGCGCCCCACGCGGUGGUCAUCAGCACCCUCGUGGCGGACGAGGAGGAGCCCCUCGGGCCCAGCAUAAGAAGAUCGAGGUCCCUGAAUCCGAUUACGACUUUGAGACUGCGAAUGCGAAGUUCAACAAGCAAGACAUGGUGAAGGAAGCCAUUGCCACAGGAGCCCCUGCUGCUGAGGCUGAGUCUCAUGCCCAUGCCAGCGUUGGAGCUGAAGUCGUUGGUGAAAGUGAUCCCGCUGCUGUCUCCACGGCCUCGCUUUACAAUCGCACCUCUUCUUUCUUCGACAACAUUUCUAGUGAAGCACGUGAUCGUGAGGAUAAUUCCGCUACCCGUCCGGGUGGUCGUGAAUGGCGCGGUGAAGAGGAGAAGCGCAACAUCGAGACUUUUGGCCAAGGCAGUGUUGAUGGUUAUCGUGGCCGGGGCCGCGGCCGAGGAUACGGUCGUGGUCGCGGGUAUGGCCGUGGUUAUGGCAACCGUGGCUACGGUGGUCGCGGUCGUGGUGGUGGUGGUCGCCCCUCAUCCCAGUCCACUGGUGUCCCCUCCUUGGGCUAA